AUGACGUCAAGAAUCAAAAUCACCGCCAACCCGCACUAUCAGAAGUCUGGCACGAAGUCUUAUUUGUAUGCCAUGCGUAAGUACCGUUUCACCCCGACAAAGGGUGGACCGUACAUGUACGGAACGACCUUGCGGCAGACUGGCAGACAGUACACCGAUAAGCCUGUCGGAGGCCGGGCCCAUUUGCAGCAGGUUAUGCAGAAGAAGAGUGUUGAUAGUGACCAGGUUGGUCAGGUUGGCGCCGACGAUAUUCAGAAUGAUGCUAUGUAUCUGGCUGAAGUGGGGAUUGGAAGUCCGACUCAGACGCUGAGUUUGGAUUUUGAUACUGGGUCUGCGGAUCUUUGGGUUUGGUCGACCAAGCUGCCUUCUCAGACUUUGUCGCAAUACAAGAAUCAUACUAUCUUUGAUCCGAGCAAGUCGAGUACUUACAAGGUGAAGGAGGGUUCGACUUGGAAGAUCUCGUAUGGCGAUGGUUCUUCGGCUUAUGGUUUGGUCGGCAACGAUAAUGUCAACAUCGGUGGACUGGUUGUCAAGGGCCAGGCUGUUGAAUUGGCCGAGCAGUUGUCUGCUCAGUUUGCACAGGGUGCCGGCGAUGGACUUCUUGGACUUGCAUUCGGCAACAUCAACACUGUUCAGCCUCAGGCAGUUAAGACACCUGUUGAGAACAUGAUCACGCAAUCCGAUAUUCCCAAAAGUGCUCAGCUGUUUACAGCUAAGCUGGGAUCUUGGCGAGACUCUGAUGAGCCGGACAAGGGCGAGUCAUUCUAUACAUUCGGAUAUAUUGACCAGGACACGGUGAAGACUUCUGAGGAGGAGAUCUACUACACGCCUGUGGAUAACAGUCAAGGAUUCUGGGCAUUUGAUUCUACUUCGGCGACUGUGAAUGGAAAGUCGAUUGCUCGGUCUGGAAACACCGCUAUUGCUGAUACCGGUACUACUCUGGCUCUGGUCGAUGACGAUACCUGUCAGGCAAUCUACGAUGCUAUUGAAGGGGCCGUGUAUGAUGAUGAGAACCAGGGUUGGAUCUAUCCUUCCAACACAGCGGCUGAUAAGUUGCCCGUUGUUACCUUUGCUGUUGGUGAUAAGCAGUUUGUUGUGCAGAAGGAAGAUUUUGGCUUCGCCGAGGCCAAGUCUGGCUAUGUCUAUGGUGGUAUUCAAAGUCGAGGUAGUAUGACCAUGGAUAUUCUUGGUGAUACCUUCUUGAAGGCGGUCUAUGCAGUCUUUGAUGUCGGCAACAUGCGCUUUGGUGCUGUGCAGCGAAAAGAACUUCAUCAGAACCUUUCUGUGCCUUCUUAA